AAUAAGCGCCCUGCAAAAUUUUAUUUUCAAUAUGUUUCAUGAAAAAUAAUUUCUUAAGUUUCAUACAUUGGCAUAGAUAUAACAUUUAUUUAGUUUACUCGCGACUUACGAUAGUGACGAAUAGAAGGGAGACGUGGCGGAAUGUCGCCGGAGCAUCGCAUCAAGACGGAGCCUGGUCUUGAGCCCGACCAGGCUGUCAAUGGCCGAGUUCUCGUGGAGCAUAUAGAGGUGGUGAUGUAUAUAAAGGAGGAGCCCCAAUGCUCGGCCGGCGAGGGCUCAGAUGUCUCGCUAACUAGCCCGCAGAACAACCUUCAAGUCAAGGAGCUAACGGCAGGAUCAGAAACCCUACAGCCAUCAGGUGAUGAACUCUGUGCGUACGCCAGAGAAGCCAAACCGGAGAUCGCCACAGUUCGCGUCAAGCAAGAGCUGAUCGAUCAGGGGGACUUAAAGCAGGAGAUAUCGCCAGACGUCGUCUAUCAGAUUAAAGUUGAGCGCAUAGACGACGCGGGAGAGGGAUUGGAGCUGGAGGGACCUGUGGAGCAAGGUGGACUGGAUACAAGCCCUGGUGUGAAGGUCAUUGGACCAGAUACAAGCUCUGGUGUGAAGGUCGUUGGUCCGGAUAUAAGCCCUGGUGUGAAGCACGUCGUGAGACCGGAUUCAAGCCCUGGUGUGAAGUUCAUUGGAAUGGAUACAAGCCCUGGUGUGAAUUUCGUUCACCACACACAGGGGAGCAGGCGGAGAAAGCAGGCCCGCACUCAAUCCGAAGCGCGUGAUGAUUCCGCUGCGAAUGAGUCUCCCGAGCGACGACAGAAAACAAAAGAAAACGGUGAAACUUCUACAAAGAAACGAAUAAAAAGGCAACCCGGGCCUCACCUGUGUGACGUAUGUAACAAAGAGUUCAAGAAAGCGAACAAGUUAGUAAUACACAAGCGAACACACACAGGGGAGAGGCCAUACGCCUGCAACAUAUGCCAUAAACAGUUCUCGUAUUCCAACGGUUUGAAAGUACACCUAAGAACCCACACCGGGGAAAAGCCACACGUGUGCCAUACGUGUAACAAAAGAUUUGGGCAGUGGAGCUCUUUGAAAGCCCACGAAAGAAUUCACACAGGCGAGAAACCAUAUUCAUGCGAAAUAUGUAAAAAAGAAUUUGCGCAACUGAAUAACCUGAACAAACAUCAGCUCGUUCACACUGAAAUAAAGCAAUAUUCGUGCGAAGUAUGUAAAAAAGAGUUCAAAGAUAAUAAUAGUUUAAAAAGACAUGAACCGAUUCACAUAGAUGAAAAACUUUUUCCAUGUGGAAAAUGUAAAAAACACUUUGCAACAACGCGCCAUUUAAGGGACCACGAGCGGGCGCACACAAGGAAGAGAAGACGCCAUUCUAGCGGGACGAGUUAACAAGUUGUUAUUAUCCAUCAUUUAUACCAACAUGGGAGAGAAACCAUUCUUGCAAAAUAUGUAAUUUACAGAGAAAAUAACUAACUUAUACCAAAGAAGUAAACGAGGAUUGAGAGUAAACACUGAAUAACCGACUUUUUUUGCCUAAUGCAUGCAUAUGAAUAGUGCAUAGUAUCGAUAGACCCACCCUGAAUAAC